UCACAGUACAUUCUAGCUGUGAUCAUGAAAAGCCGCUUGGGUAGAGAGACUGGUGUUGUGAAUUUCAGUGCAAGCAUUUAAACUUACUGUAUUAUUUUAUCAACUUACUGACUGGUGGACAAACAUGUUAUUAAAUUGAUUAAUAAAGUGAUAUUUUGUAUACAUGAAUAUAAGAGAAAUGAGACUAUUAAUCACAUUAUCAAAUUGAUCUUAGAGAUGAAUAACUAUUGGAUAGAACAAUAAUUGUGAAUAUUUGAAAAUAAUAUUAAAGUGGUAAAUAAUAUUUUCAGUUAUUAAAUUUGACUUGAGACAUUUAUUUUUUUAUCUAUGAAUUUAAAAUAAAAAAAUUGCAGCAGACAAUGCAGACAUUUUAACACCAGAGUCAGAAGAUUAUGUUUGUAAGACAGUGAUGCUGUUGGGAGAUACAUUGGAGAAGUAUUUAUUGGAACUGUAUCACAUUUGAGUGAUUAUUUAGAUUUUGUUUGCCAACAGGAGAGUUGACAUCUUUGGGGACAAAUUAGUUUGUGUUGCAAGUAUUGAUUGAGCGUUCAAAACCUUGCUAUUCCUGAGUUCUCGGAGCUUAAUGUUCAGCAUCUGGUGAUGAUGAAGAUGAAGAAGAUAAAGACGCCAACAGAUUGAACAAAGCAGUUGAAGACACAAGUACACUUGAACCUAACAAAAACCAGAUUGAUGCUUCUAACAGUGAUAUGGAAGAUCCUUCAGAUAUCCAUCUAUGUUCUAAUGGAAAAUCAUCGGAAAUUAAUGACAAUCAGGACCAUGUAAACAAUGAACAAGAAGCAGCUAAAUGUUAUAUUAGUGAAGAUUGUCAUGGAGAAAAUAUGGAGGAAAUAACAAGAAAUAAUAAAGGUCAUGAAGAUGAUAGUGAUAGGAUUAAAGUUGAGGGAGAGAUUAUUAAAUCAAUAGACAAAAGUAAGAAAGAAAUGACAGGUUGUGAAGAAAUUUCUAAGGAAGAAAACUUAGAAAGAUAUCAGGAAAUGACUGAUGAAGAUAUAGAAAAAGCAGUGAAACGUGAACUUGAUGAGGCCGUUGAAAUUCGUGUACCAAAGGUUAGAACAAAACGUGAUUGGAAUGACUGUAAAUGGCUGAGUCCACCUAUAGACAAUUGUAAAUCAGAAUACAAACACAAAAGGGCAGACACCCCGCCUUUACAGAGACUUAUGCGUCAGGAAUUUUCCUCAUUGAAAUCGGAAAAAGGUUUUCCACAUUCGCCACCAAAACGCUUUAAAGACAGUAAAUCACAUCAUGAAGGUUUCACCUCAAAAUUAGCAUCCGUGAUUAUUCCCAGCACAAACAUUAACUUACCUCCAAAACUUGCUUCUCAUCCAAAACAGCUAUUGUCACAUUCAAUAGCAAACUUGAGGGCUUCUAGUUCAAAAUCAAACAGUUUUUCAAGGUCACCAUUCUCAACAAGUUCAUUACUCUCCAGAUCAUUUCCAAUCAGUCAACCUGUGUUCUCAAGUCCAGUGUUGUCAUCACCUUUGUUGCUGUCAACAACAAAAUCAGCAACUGACAGUGAUCAGCCAUUAGAUCUAUCAAAAAAGAGCGGGAAAUGUUCAGGAGGGAAAGUGUCUCUGUCAAAAUCAACUGAAUCGUAUAAGCAUGAAAAUGGUCACUCUUCAACAAGCCUGCAAAGUCUUCAGCAGAAGUUUGGAGGUGACUACCACUUGCGGGGUUUACGCAAACCCCUUAACUACAUGCUGUAUGGUCCAGAAAUUCCAGCCCUACAUAAGGCUUUGCUUCAUUCUGCCUCAUUAUCACUGCCAUUUCCUUUGAAUUUUGCUAACGGUUUCCCCAAAAUCAUGCCAGAGAAGCAUCGCCAUCGAAACUCAACACCUUCACCAAAUAAAUCCAAAAUGGAAGAAAGUUCAAAGACAUUCCGACGUGACAAUCCUGUUCAAAAGGAGAAGUCUGUGAAACACGAAAUUGUUGAAAAAACUGAGGCAGAUUCUGAGGCAGGUGUUGGAAUGGAGGAAAAGAAUGGAGAGAAUUACACAAACCAUUUAUGUUCGUGUGGCAAGUGGUUUGAUGGACUUUAUUCCCUUAGUUUGCAUUUACAAGAAACUGGUCAUCUUCCGGCUCGAAAUAAGUCUGUAAGCUUGCUAGAGUAUCCUAAGCUUGUGCGAGGCCAAGACAUGUGGCUCAAUCAGGAGUCUGAGCAAACAAGGCGGAUAUUGCGGUGUAUCCAGUGUGGAGAGUCGUUCAAAACAUUGCCACUGUUGACUGUACAUAUGAUGAAAACUCAGCAUUACACACAGAUUGUGAGUUCAGAACAUGCUCGCCGUCCCCACAAGUGUUCAGCAUAUUGUGAAAAGGAUCAGGAAAAAGAGUGUGUGUUCAAGUGUAGAGUGUGUGAGGAGACAUUUCCUGACAUGGAGGGGCUUGCAAAUCACAUGAUCUUAUCAGGGCAUCACAAAAAGCAAUCCCCCAAACAUGGUCAUCAUUACUCUGACGCACAUUUCAAGAAACGAAAACGCUAUAGCUUUGAAGAAGCUCUGUAUCCAUAUGGAAAUCCAAGCAUGGCUACUAUGUGUGAUUUUAAAAAGCAGACUUUUGGUGGUAAAUCUAGUCCGGAGCCAGGGGUUGGUGAUCUUGAUGAUUUUGAUAAUAAAAUCACUUGUGAGAAUUGUGGGGGGAAGAUUGAAAUGAAGGCAUUUGUGGCUCAUGUCAGAGCCUGUCUAGGGCAAAAACUCAAGGAAGAUGUAAGUCGGUUGGAGAAAGAAAAAGAAAACAUAAAGAAAUUGGAGAAAGAGAAGACUUUGGUGGUGAAAUGUGAAAAAGGUGUAGAAGAGUUAGGGUCUAUGGGUAAAACUAGAAAACCUGAAGUUAAAAAUGGUGGUCCUGAAGAAAUGGUGAAUGAUAAAAUUCGGGAUUUGGAUUUGAAAUUAAAGAAAGAAGCUUUGGAAGAAAGAGACAAACAUGAUGAUGGAAAGGUAGAGGAAUUAGAGACUAGUGUAUCAACAAUUAAAAAUGAGAGUGAUGGUGAAGAUUACACAGAAAUGAAAACUCAAGAUGACAUUGAAAUUGAAGCUGGAGAAAUUACAGAUAAGAGUAAAAGCAUAUUGAAGGAAAUCCAGACUCUUGUUAACAGCAAAAGUCAUGUUCAUGAUAGUUCUGAGAAACUUAAAGAAAUGGAUGAAAGUGCCAAGGAAGGUAAAAAACAUAAAACACAAUCACCAAAGAAAUUAGACAUUAUAGACCCAGAUAACAAGAAUGAAGAAAGUUCUUCCGAAGGUUCAGCACUUUCAGCCAUGGAAACUUUCAUUAAAAAGAGCUUUAGCAGCAAGUUUGAUUAUAAGAAAGGCAACAUCAUCAUCAGUCCAAACAGCAGCUCUGAUGCCACCAUCCAUGCUAGGCCUCAGAGUGCAAGCAGUUCAAAUAAUAUCUCCGGGUUUGAGAGUGUUGACUAUCUCAGCAGGUAUAAAAACUUCUACGCAGCUCUAAAUCUCAGUAAUGGCUUCAACUACGGCUCGCCGGAAAAGGACAACAGAAACACAAAGCAUGGCCAAGAUGUGAAAAACGGAAUGAAAUCCAAAGUUAACAAGGACAUGAAUGGCCACGUUUCACCAUUGCAGAGUUCGGAUGAGGAGAAGUCGGAUGGUAGAAACAGUGCGAUAUCAGCAGUCCUUGAUGGGUCGAGUGCUCCAGAUAAGAACAAGAGUCUGGAGACUAAAUACCUGAAUAUCCAAUCAGAGGCGAGUGAAAGCAAAUCUGAAAAGAACAAUAAAACCUCAGCUCUUGAUAGCUUGAGCAGUUUUGUGUACGGCCAGACUUUGACGAGUGAACAUCCUCUAGAUAGUUUGCAGCGGCUGAUAACCAAAUCAGACAUUCCAAAACUGGUAGGUGGGGGCUCCAUGGUGGGUGGUCAGUACCUUCCCCCUCACCUGCAGCUCCAUCAGUCCCAUCUCGAUCUCGCCCUCCCUCUCAACCUCUGUGUCCCUAAGUCUCCCAAGGCCGACAGCGAUGAGGAUGAGACAAAAUCGCUGCGAUCGCCACGGUCAACGAGGUCGCGACAAGAUGAGGACAGCCUGUCAGAUUACGAGGCUCUUAACUCUCCAAACAGCGAUGGUGAUCCUUCUGAGUAUCGGUGUGCAGCGUGCAGUCGAAGGUUUGCCUCCAAGGGCUCAUAUCGGUAUCACCUGAGUCGGUGUCAUCUGUCCAGUGUCAAGCGCUACGGCAUCAAAGAAGCUUUCAACAUGAGCCCCUAUGUGUACCUGCCCUUGGACCAUACUGCCAAGUUCUCGAAAUACUACGAAAUGGCAAAAGAGCUUGCAAAUAGAGCAAAAGAAAGUAAAGCAUCUUAAAGUUAAAAUGUUUGAAAGCUCAGUGUUGGAAACUGACAAUUAACAAUUCUAUAGUGUGUAAUACAAAGUUAUGGAAUAGAUUGUAUUGUGUAAGCUUUUUUAGGUGUAUCUAUUUUCAUUUAUUAAAUUGUUCAUGUAUUUCUGAUACAGAAUGGUUGUGAUUACUGGUAUAGAAUUGAUAUUUUCCUUAAAUAAAUAUGUGUCUAGUCUUUCCAGUGUAUUAGAGUAGUGUGCUGCUCUGUGUUUGAAUAACUUAGUAUGAAUCUUUAUGCCCCCACAUAAUUUGAAAAGGGGAUUAAUUGAAGUCACCAUGUUGAUUGGUCUAUUUGUUGUAUAGUCAGUAAGCAUAAUAUUUUGGUCUUCAGAACAACUUCUUUGAAUAGUGUUCUUGCACUUUGUAUUAAAAAAGUCUUAGAAUGUGACAUCACGUUUUGCAUUUAUCAGGGUCAAAAUGGUUAACUGGCAGCCAUGGUACAUGUAUUAAGUUAAUCAUUGUAAAAUGAAAAUUAAAAUCUAGAAUUCGUUCACACAUGUGAAUCUCUUUUGUCAAAAUAUUGCAUGCUACACAACACAUGAUGGGCAGUAGACGUGCUGAGCCCGCUUCCUCAACCCCCAAACAUAGCUACUUUCAAGGUCAAGGUCAUUAUUCUGCGGCAAAUUGUUCUUUAGGGAUAUUGAUCCCAUUUAUUUAAAGCUCCGGAUAAUUUAAUAUAUUGAAUUGCAAAAAAUGAAACUUGCACAACUAAAUAAUAGAAUAACUGAAUAUAUUUUUCUAUCUUUUAGGUUUACAAUUUUUCAGUCAUAAAAAAGGGAUACAAUUUUGUUAGAGCACAUUUUGUUGAAUGCUCCUUAAAGUUAGGCUGUAAUGCUAUAUUUAGUUAUUUCUUCAAUAUAUUUAUUGUUGUUCUUUAAUGAUGUUAUUCUUUGUUUUUACUUAUGAUGUUAGAUAUUGCCAUUGACAAUCAAACAAAUUAACAAUGCCUCUAGUAAUUGUUAGAUGCAAAAUUAUGUGUCUUUAACUGUUUGGUGAAUAAAGGAUUGUUUUUACAACUUCUUUGUAAUGCCACUUAUGUAUAAUAUUGUACAAAUGUUUUUAUGUGCGUUGCCUUUCUGUUGUUAUUAUAUUAUUAGAGGAUUGAUGUUUGUUAUUAUUUAAACCAUUCCAGUAAAUGCUUAAACAACAUUUUAUGAACUCCAAGACACAGAUGUCGAACUCUAUAUGAAAAAUAAACAAAUGUAGAAAUUUCAAAUUAUUAAUUGUAAUCCAAAUUUGUUAAGAAUGAUAUGCAUUAUUUAAGAUUUUUAAGUACUUUUCAAAGAGGCUUUUUCACGUAUUGGUGUUCUGUUAUAAAAAUUUAUAUAAAAAGUUCAUUAUGACCCAUUUCAAUGUGCUACCAAAUGUUGUUUAUAAAAAAGAAAUCCCUGUUUCAAUACAUAUACAAGUUGUUGAAUUCCAUUAACUGACAGAGACAACAUUUGUUGGUUGCAAAUUGACUUACUGAUUCUCUUGAUGUACAUUUUGUUAAUUUUCAAAAUGUUUUGGGGCUAAAAACUUACAUUUGUUCUGAAGGGGACGAAACUUACACAAAGUUUGAGACUUGUAAAUAUAUGUACAAAUUAUAUGUUUUUCAUAAAGAUUGAAUACUAUGAACCAAAUGUUCAUGUAUUUUACCAGUACAAAAAUAGUUGUAAAAAUUUUUUAUGAAGUUUUAUAAGUGUAUUAUAUGUGAAUAUCUGUUCAUAAUUUGUUUUUGGAUAAAGUUUGUUAAUAUACUAAAAAUUAAAAUUAUUCAUCUUAGUUGUAAAAUCUUAUUCAGGAAAUUACUUUGUUAUGACAUGUUUGUGUUGCUUUGUUUUUAGUCCGAAGAAGCGUUCAAGAUAUUAUUUAAAGUCACUUCCGGACCUUUUAUUUGUUUGUUUUUAACUAACUUAUGCACAUAAUUCAAAUUUUGCAAAUGCAACCACGACACAAAUUAUUGUCAUUCGUAUGUGAGCCUCUUUUUGGGAAACCCAGGCUAAAUGCGUAUGCGUAAAGUUUCAUCCCAGAUUAGCUUGUGCACUCCACACAGGCUAAUUAGGGACAACACUUUCCGCCUUAACUGAAUUUUCUGUAAAUAGAGACUUUCUUUGAAUGAAAAACUCCUUUAGAGGGGAAAGUACCAUCCCUGACUAGCCUGUAUAGCCUGAACAUCUUGGACAACACUUUAUGCACAUGCAUUAAUCCCACUUGUCACAGAACACAGCUUCAUUUCAAUUGAUGCAUUUUUUUCCCCAAUUAUUUUACUUAAAACAUCUAAUCAUGUAUUGUUAACCCAGUUUUGAUUAAUGAGUGCAUCUUUGCGGGUGUCAAUACAUUUACCUGCUUACUGAUCAACUAGAGAGUCCAAUCCAAAGUUUGGCAUGGUUAACUCGUUGUCGUGGUUAUGCUUUUUAGUAUUUUUGUAUAAAUGGUGAACAACAUAAUAAAUCUUGCUUUUAAGACUCAAAGUAACUUAAUGUGCCUAGACUACAAGAUAAAUUUAUGGACUUUUCUGGCUUAAAAAAAUGACUUAAAAGCAAUCAGUACAAGAUUGAUCUGUUUACUUGAUGAAUUUGUAGAUAUCAUGUAUGGAGCCAUAUAUAUUUGUGUGUUGAUGGCGGCAGAUGGAUGUCUGAUGGGUUGUUGUGCCGCUAUUCUGAGGUAAAGCGAUGAUGAUCCAUCAUAAAUUCAAAGGCUGUGUCAUGCAGAUAGAUGCCCUCUGAAGAAUUAAUGGCUGAAAAUACAAAAAUAUGGUAAUAAUGCAGACCUGGAAUAUUGUAUUUUUAUUGUUCAAUCGACCAAUCAAUCAUUUUCUAUCUUAAUAGAUCAAUGAGAACACUUGGGGAAGGUUUAUGAUGAAAGUGCAUGCUGGAUUGAUGAUGUUGAUUUCUAUACAAAACCUUAUAAUGUAUUGGUGAACGAUGCUUUAUAUUACAUUUGUUUUGCAGUUUUCCGAAGAUAUAUGGGCCUUAAGUUUUGUUUUAUUUGAGUUCUAUGUUUUUUAUUGCUGGCAUAUUUAUUGUACCUUCUUUACUAAGCUUAAAUUUUCUUUGCUAUGCCUUUACUGAAUAUAAAAGAGCUGCACUCUGCGAAAACGGGGCUUAAUGCAUGUGUGUAAAGUGUUGUCCUAGAUAAGUGUGUGCAGUGUGCACAGGCUUAUCAGGGACAACACUUUUAGUCAAGAUUAAAUUUUUGUUCAGAAGAGAUCCUUUAAACAAAAAAAUCUUUAAUGCGGACUGUGAUGACACUUUCAUGCAUUAAGACCUGUUUUCAUAUUUGCACAAAUUGGUUGCAAUUAAUGGUUCACAAGAGUGAUUCCAAAUUGAAUAAUAAUAUGUUCUUUGAGAGAAGCAAUCAGGUCUUUCAGCAAAUUACUGUCCUCUCAAAAUGAUGGUCAUAAUUGGGGCGCUUUGUUCUUUUAAUUUGUAUGUAUAGUGUGCAACUUUAUAUUACGCAUUUUGUUUCAGGUAUGCUCUUGUUCUUUGUAUCUUUCGAGACAGAGAAUUGUUCCAAUUAAAAACAUACUACUUGUGCAUAGUUAUAGUUUUUUACUAAAUUAGCCACUUGAUACUGGUCUCGGUGAAACACUUUUAAGUGUUGUCUUGAUUUGUUUCUUUUCUAUACAUUAUUAUUCUGUAUAUGUAACUAAUCAACUGUUUAGUCCAUACAGAAUUUGUUUUUGAAAAAAAAUUAUAUGAGGGAUCUUUUGGGAAAAAAGUGAUUUUACAAAUCUGUUAAUUUCUUUUUUUCAAAACUGUGUGUUCUGUGUUAGCAGCCUUACAUUUUAACAUAAAUAUUUUUUAUGAGGUAUAAAGUGGUAUAAUAAUUUAUCAGCUGUUAUGCAUAUAUAUAUUUUUUAAAUGUUAAUGGGCAAUUUUAAAACUUGAAUAAUGUUUUUUAUUGAUGGCAUUUAACCAUAAAUCUUGUUCAACAUCUUAGGGUUAUUUUAUUGUUAAUAAUAUACAACUGCUGGAUAAGUUCAGUAAUAAAUUGUUUAAGGAUAUUACAUUUAUGUGAAGUCUAACUGUUUUCUUGCAACAAAUUCAUGAUACGUAAAGCUGUUAUUGCAGCUUUCAAUGAAGUGUCUAUUCCAGAUUUUAUGUCAAUUCUUCAAACAAACCACAAGCAUUUAUGUAAACAAAAUAAUAAUCUGAAAGCAUUUUUUAUACAUUGACUGAAAACAACCCAUUAAUGUUUAUACGUAUUUUGUUUUUUGUGUUUUUAUGUUUAAAAUUCAAAUGUUAUUUUUCGGUAUUUUAGAAGCAAGUUUGAGAUAUUUGAGUAGAUUAGUUAUUUAAUAUUUAUUGUGCUUUAAGCUCUUAUGAAAACCAAUAUAUUGUUGUUCAGUUUUUUAUUGCUUUCUUUUCUAUAUAUAAGACACAAUGAAUUGGGAGUUGUAGUAAACAACACUCCUAAGACAUCACUUUAUUACCGAGCUUUACGUUUUCCACAAUCUCAUUACAUUACUGUAUAUCCAUAUUUGCCUUUUGGUUUAUGAUUUUCCAUGGUUUAAAAUGUUUAUUAUUAUAAUACUUAUAUUAAAAGAAAUACACAAAUUU